AGAUUGUUGUGCCUCACAAGAACAUCUUGAAUCCUCAGCACAUCUCUGCUUGAGCACUGUGCAGACGCAAGGGACAGCCAUUCUCCCUCGGAUCCGUUGAUCUACUACAAUGACAGUUAAGGUUGGAGGCUCCAUCGAUCAGCUGCCUAUUUACACAAGGAAGCUGAAGACGCACGAGGGUGGUUCCAUCAGUCUUGAUGACUACCGUGGCAAGAGCAGUGUAGUACUAUUUUUCUAUCCCAAGGCAUCUACACCAGGAUGCACAAAGGAGGCAUGCAAAUUCCGGGAUGAGUACAGCGUUUUCAAGGAUGCAGGCGCUGUGGUGCUGGGCAUCUCAGGCGACACCCCAGAAUCCAAUGCUGCGUUUGCCAAGGCGCAGCGUUUGCCCUUCCCUUUGCUGAGCGACGAGGGUAACCAGUUCAGGCAGGCCUUGGGCGUGAAAAAGGAUCUGUUUGGACUGCUGCCUGGACGCCAGACUUUCGUGUUCGACAAGGAGGGCAAGGUUGCUUUGGUGUUCAACAGCCAGAUGAAGGCAGAGCAGCACAUUCAGGAGGCCUUGAAUGUUAUCAAGACACUGAAUUAGAUAGAUUUGGGUCCUUAUUGUGCUAUUGAAAGGUAACAGGCACUGACGCCUGGAUGAUGUUUUGAUUCUGUAUGGCAUGCAUGCUAUGCAUGCAACUCUUGUCAUGCCAAGUGGGGACGGUAGCAGUGCCAGUAGUACAACUUCAACGGGCAAGAAUAGAAAUGUUUACACUAGCGUAUACGUAGGUAGGCCUUUGCUUUUGGGAUAUGACAAAAUGCCUGUACACAGGGCACUUCUCGUCAAGAAUCACAGAUAGAGUCGCUGGGUGUCAAGAGUCAGGACAGGAGCUUGUUGUCCAUCAAUUGUUACUAAAUUCAAUAUGUUAGCUCCGGACCCGGUCAAUAAGUCACAAAAUCA